AUACAUAUAAAUAUUGUUAAAAUGUUUUUAGAUACUUCAAAAUUUGUUAAAUGCCAGAUCCCUCCUGGGACAUCUGGCUAGCCCACCUUACAUUUUCUGAAACUAUCUCUAUCUUCAGCAUAGGUAUAGGACCAAAGCUGAUUUCGUUUUGCACAACUCAGGUCCCUCUAAGUUCAGACAAUUGGAUGGCGUGAUGGGCAUUGCUAAUCUAAACUGAGCCAGGCUGGUCCUGUUUACUUUCAUAAUGACUUUAGAAAACAAAUGUAUGUUAGUCUUUCUGUUAGGAAUGAAACAAGAAAGUGAUGUCAUCUUUUGGGGACAUAGCAGAAGUCACACCUCUGAGAGAGGAAAGGAAGGAAACAGACAGGUGGUCCCGUGGAAGACAUUCUUAUCAGUAAUCCCCAAGUCAGCUGUCACUGUUGGGUGGGGCUGGGGACAGAGAACUAAGAUGUGCUCUUUAAAUAGAUUUUUCUUGGAUUGGUGAAUUACUCCUGUUAAUUUUGUAUUUUAUUUGAAUUGUGCAUGCAUGCUACUAUAACACAUCCAAAAGCUUUGUAAACCAUUACAGAAACAUGAAAAGGGAAUGUGUAGUCUUUGUCAAAAUGGGUAAUUUUGAAGUCAGAAGUGGUGGUAACUGAGGCAAGUUCUUGAGUUCAGAGCCAGUAAAGACCGUCUUUAGUUAGGACAAGCCACGAUGUUUUUCCUUUAAGGGACAGAUGGCUUAGACACACUGUGUUAUUUCAAGUGACUACUGAAAGAAUACAGAGUAAGAAGAUGCUGUCCUGUUCAUUUGGCUUAUUAUAAUGAGUUAGGUCCCCAACAAAGCAAGAUUCAUCUACAAUGGGAGGAAAAGCCACACAAUUCUGUGCUUUAUUCUAUGAUGAAUUAAACAUCUCCUCUGUCCCAAGGAUUAUUUUAGAUGUGGGGAUGCAGCAGUGAAGCAAAUAAUGCUGAAGUCCUUACAGGGUACCCAAAAGAAACACUCAAACACAUUCAUCUUCGGUGCCUGUGAUGAAGAACACCAGGGAGAAAGAACGGGGAGAGAGGGGCUUUCAUCUAGUUUUCCCCUAGGCGAAAAGUUUUACAACAUUUUAAGUUUCUGGAAAUAUGUAGAGAGUGUAUCAUAAACUGCAUCUAAUAUGUAGAUUUUUUCCUUUAUGAAAAAUCAACCAAUGUGAACCACAAUUGUGUUACCUAGAAGACAUAAACUUACAAAGAAGCCCUGAAGUACUGACCCCACUUUAUGCUGAAUUUGAAAUUGCAUGCCCGUAUGUUAGGAAUUUUACAGGAUGACUGAUCAAUCAGUUCUAUGUCUUCUUUCAUUUCUCAGUUUCCCCUAGAGUGUCCCAGCGCAAUUGCAGGGUUUCUAGUAGGGAGGCAGCUUGUCUGGGUUGUUUACUCGUGUAUUUUUCAGAAUCUGACACAUAAAUAACAAGAAUUCCUUUUGCUUAGUGAGGGACUGCACAAUCAGAAUAACAUUAAUUUCGUGGUUGAAUUUAUUUUCUAACUUCUGACAACCAAAAUAGACUACAUAAAAAGAAUGGAACCAUGUAGCAAUUUGUUGAGAAGCAAAAUCAACGCAUGGUGGCGCUGCAGGCUAAGGUUUUAAAAAAGGACGACCGCGGAAAAGGGAAAAAUGCUUCAGGUCUCUAGCUUAAAAAAGACCAUAGAAGAGCUCAAACCAUUAAGUCUCCAGAGAAUGCUGCUGACCUAGGCUUCGGAACAGGUUAUAGACUGACAGAUCGACCGCUGCCUGGGUGCCCUUGGACCCUGGGUGCCGAAGCAAAGAUGAAGAUUGGAAAGGAGCACAGACAAAGGCAAGUUCUGUUGAUCUUUCUCUUAUUGGGAGUGGCUGGGGCGGGCUGGGAGCCCCGCCAUUACUUUGUUUUGGAGGAAACACCCAGCGGCACGUUUUUGGCCGAUCUGCUCAAGGACUUAGGGCUGGGAGUUGCAGAGCUGGCUGCUAGAGGAGCCCAGGUGGUCUCUGAGGAUAACGAAUCCCGCUUGCAGCUUGAUCUACAGACUGGGAAGCUGAUAUUAAAUGAAAAAUUGGACCGGGAGGAGCUGUGCGGCCACGCUGAGCCCUGUGUCACACAUUUCCAAGUGUUACUGAAAAACCCGCUGGAAAUAUUUCGAGCUGAGUUACGAGUGGGAGACAUAAAUGAUCAUUCUCCCGAGUUUCCUGAGAGAGAAAUGACCGUGAAGAUCCUGGAGAGUAGCUCUGUUGGUUCUGUGUUUCUACUAAAAAGCGCUCAGGAUUUGGAUGUGGGCAACAACAGCAUUCAGAACUAUAGCCUCAGUACCAAUUCCCAUUUCCAUGUUUCCACCCGAAACAGAGGUGAUGGGAGGAAAUACCCAAAGCUGGUGCUGGACCAAGAGCUUGACCGAGAGGAGCAGGCAGAGUUCAGAUUAACUCUGACAGCGCUGGAUGGAGGUUCUCCGCCCAGGACUGGCACCUCACAAAUCCGGAUUAUUGUCUUGGAUGUCAAUGACAACGCCCCUGAGUUUGCACAGGCGCUCUAUCAGGUGCAGAUCCCAGAGAGCAGCCCCGUGGGUUCCCUGGUUGCCAAGGUCUCAGCCAAGGAUUUAGAUACUGGGACAAACGGAGAAGUAUCGUAUUCUUUUUUUCAUCCGUCUCAGGAGAUGAGUAAAACUUUUGAGCUAAACGCCCUGUCCGGAGAAGUUCGACUAAUUAAAACACUGGACUUCGAGACAGCAUCUUCAUAUGAAAUAGACAUAGAGGCCUCUGAUGGCGGAGGGCUUUCUGGGAAAUGUUCCAUUUCUAUUCAGGUGGUGGAUAUCAAUGAUAACUACCCAGAACUAACUGUUUCCUCGCUCACCAGCCCAAUCCCAGAAAACUCACCAGAGACAGAAGUGGCUCUAUUUCGAAUUCGGGACCGAGACUCUGGGGAAAAUGAAAAGACAGUUUGUUCCAUCCAAGAUGGUAUUCCUUUUGUACUGGAACCUUCUGUUGGAAACUUCUACAGACUGAUGACAGAGAGCGGGUUAGACAGAGAGAACAGAGCUGAGUACAACAUCACCAUCACAGUCGCCGACUUGGGCACACCCAGGCUCACAACCCAGCACACCAUAACAGUGCAGGUCUCUGACGUCAACGACAACGCCCCCGCCUUCACACAAAGCUCCUACACCCUGUUUGUCCAAGAGAACAACAGCCCCGCCCUGCACAUAGGCACCAUCGGUGCCACAGACUCAGACUCAGGCUCCAAUGCCCACAUCAUCUACUCGCUGCUGCCAACCCACGACCCGCAGCUGGACCUCUCCUCGCUCAUCUCCAUCAAUGCCAACAACGGACAGCUGUUCGCGCUCAGGGCGCUGGACUACGAGACCCUGCAGAACUUCGAGUUCCUCGUGGGUGCCACAGACCAAGGCUCGCCCGCGCUCAGCAGCCAGACGCUGGUGCGGGUCCACGUGCUGGACACCAACGACAAUGCGCCCUUCGUGCUCUACCCGCUGCAGAACGCCUCUGCGCCCUACACAGAGCUGCUGCCCAGGGCGGCAGAACCUGGCUACCUGGUCACCAAGGUGGUGGCAGUGGACCCUGACUCUGGCCAAAAUGCCUGGUUGUCGUUCCAGCUGCUCAAGGCCACAGAGCCAGGACUGUUCAGCGUGUGGGCUCACAAUGGCGAGGUGCGCACCUCCAGGCUGCUGAGUGAGCGCGAUGCGCCCAAGCACAGGCUGCUGCUGCUGGUCAAGGACAAUGGCGAUCCUCCGCGGUCUGCCAGUGUCACUCUCCAAGUGCUGCUGGUGGAUGGCUUCUCUCAGCCCUACCUGCCUCUACCGGAGGUGGUGCGCGACCCCGCCCAAGAUGAGGAUGAGCUCACACUGUACCUGGUCAUUGCCUUGGCAUCUGUGUCUUCUCUCUUCCUGUUGUCUGUGCUGCUGUUUGUGGGGGUGAGGCUGUGCAGGAGGGCCAGGGCAUCCUCUCUGGGUGGCUGCUCUGCGCCUGAGGGACACUUUCCUGGCCACUUGGUAGAUGUCAGCGGCACGGGGACCCUGUCCCAGAGCCUCCAGUAUGAGGUUUGUCUGACCGGAGACUCUCAGAGUAAUGAGUUCAGAUUCAUGAAGCCUGUGUUUACCAAUAUUCAAAACUCUGAUGGGCAAUCAGCAGAUUAUUCACCCUUCCCGAGUAUUUUAGGCUUGUGAAACUUCACGUUUCACUUGCUGUGUAAUUAAUUCUCUUUUGAUUUAGCAUUUUCUUUUCAAAUUUGGUAGUAAUGUUUAAUUGUAUUUGUUCUCAUUUCUCUGCUAGUUUAAGGAAUGUUACUGUUUGUUUACUAGCUUGUUAACUAUGUGGGUAUUUUUCCAGUUCUGUUGUUACUGAACAUUUUACAUCAGGGCACUUUGUGUUCCUGAAUUUGCCAUAUUCUCUUUCAAAGGAUGUGAAUCUCUUCUAAUGAACACAAGAGAACAGUUUAGUUUAUAGAGUGCUUGUGCAGAAUCACCCUGUAAUCCCAACAUUUGGAGGUGCAGGCAGGCUAUCAGGAAUUCAAGGUCAUUUACUA